CUUGGGGUAACAGAGUACAGUAUUAUCAAACAGAUAGUUCGACAUCAUUAUCUUCUGAAAUACCGAUUAAUGCUUUUGAACAAAUGAUGAAUAAUGCUACUAUCUUGAAUCAUCUACCAACUUUUACUAUCUCUGAAAAUUCAACCACACUAGAAGAAUUAAAAUAUGAUAUUGUUGAAUGGAUUCGUAUAAAUAAUGGUGGAUGGAGCAAAGAUAUUGCUAUAACAACUGGAAAAGAAUUUGUUAAAGACUUGGCAGCUGCAUUGUGUUUAUCGGACGCUAUAAUAUAA